UCUCAGCGGCUAGCAGGAGACGGUCAAAUCAUGAGAUUAAUUACCAUCCUUUUCCUCUGCUUCAGGCUGCUAUCAAGCCAGGAGUCCUUCUCACAGGAAAUUGACUGCAAUGAUGAGGAUAUAUUUAAGGCUGUGGAUGCUGCUCUGAAGAAAUAUAAUGAUAAAAAAGAAACUGGCAACCAGUUUGUAUUGUACCGUGUAAUUAAUGUCACCACGUUGGAGGGCCUGACCCAGUAUUAUUCCUUCAAGUACCAAAUCAAGGAGGGUGAUUGUCCUGUUCAAAGUGGCAAGACCUGGCAGGACUGUGCCUACAAGCAAUCCGCAGAUGCUGCCACAGGAGAAUGCACAGUCAUGGUGUCAAAAGAUGUGUAUAAUAAAUUCCUGGUGAUUAGCCAGACCUGCCAGAUCACUCCAGGGGAGGGCCCCAUAUUGACAGCCCAGUACAACUGCCAGGGCUGCAAGCGGCCGAUAUCAACUGAAGACUCUGGUGUGCUUAGUGUCCUGAAUCACGCCAUCCUACAUUUCAACAACCACAGUGCUCAUUCCCACCUCUUUGCUCUUAAAAAAGUAAAAAGUGCUUAUAGACAGGUGGUAGUUGGAUGGAACUUUGACAUUUCUUACUCAAUUAUGCAAACUAAUUGUUCCAAGGCGGACAUUCCAGUAUUAACUCCAGAAUGCCAGAUCCUUUCAAAUGGUGAUCUUGUUGAAUGCAGAGAUAACGCCUACAUGGACCUUUCAGAAAGAGUUGCUACCCUCACACAGAAUUGUGAAAUUUUUCCAGCAAUGAAAUCUGAUCCCAAGUUGUGCAAAGGCUGUCCCAAAGAGAUCCCUGUCAAUAGCUCAGAAUUGAAAGAGGUUUUGUCUCAUUCCAUCAAAAAGCUGAAUCAAGAAAAUAAUGGAACUUUCUACUUCAAGAUUGACAGUGUGAAUAAAGCCACAGUCCAGGUGGUGAGUGGAACGAAAUACUAUAUAGAAUUCACAGCCAAGGAGACCACAUGUUCCAAGGAAAGUAAUAUAGAGAUCACAAGUAGUUGCGAGGUCAAAGAAUCUGGGCAAGUGCUAAUCUGUGAUUCUAGCAUUCAUAGUGUACCUUGGACAGGCAGCACAGAAUCUACUGUCAACUGUGUCCCAAAGACAAUGGCUGUGGUGAGGAAAAGGCCUCCAGGUUUUUCACCUUUCCGAUCAGUACUAAUGACGGAUGAAAGAGAAGACACAACAGAGCUCCUGCGGUCCUGCGAAUACCAGGUCCGUGCUCGGGGGCCAGGGGCUGAAGCAGCUCCUGAGGGUGAGGCAGCACCCCCACAACAGGCACAGUAGCCCCACCGCCCCCCUCAGCAGCCCAAGUGGACAGACAAGAAGAUGGGGUGGAAUUUAAAUAGAGAAGAAUAUCAUUGUAUCACUCUGGUAUUGAACCAAAUAAA